AUGAUCAACUGCGGGGGGGCGUGGGUGGAUGAGGUGAAGGCGUUGACGCCCGAAAACGCCUUGGAUGCGGUGCCCGCCGCGUUUGAGGGGUUUUUCGUCCAUUCCUACCUCGUCGCGCCGCGAGCCGCGAUCCGGGCGAUCCCGCGCGCACCCCCACGCGAGGAAAGCGCCUCAUCCUCGUCCUCGUCCUCAUCCUCGCCGGCGACCCCCCCGGCCGUUUCGUCCGCGUGGUAUGCCACCCUUUGCGAGAAAUGGAAUCCACCCAACGGCCCGAACGACGUAGGGGGGGAGCGAUGGCUCCCGGCGUUUCAGAUCACCACCCCGCGCUAUAGUUUUUCCCCGGUGAUGGUGUUGCCGUGGUAUGAUCGAACGGUGCUUUUGGGGCCGAGCAUCACACGCCUGCCGGGGCUCCCAAGUCGGUUUCCCCGCUCUUCUUCGUCGUCGUCGUCGAAGUCGUCUGCGUGGCUUUCUUCCUCGGAGCUGGUGGUGCACUCGACGGAUAAUUAUCGCCAACAACUCCGGCACAUCUCCGGGGCGCUCGCCGAAGCGGGGAUCGCGGUGGAGCCCGCGCGCAUCCUCUCCUGCGUUUCCACGAUCGUGCCGAUUUUAAAACCCCCUUCGGCGGUCCCUUGGGCGAAGGAUUUGCUCGACCAGGGUUAUCAUAUCUCGACUUUCCAACGCCGCCCCUCCCCCGCCCCGACGACGGCGAUGGAAGGGGAGACGGGAGGUGGGGAAUCCAACGCGGGGGAGGGGGGGUUUCGCCCGCCGUUCGUUCACGUUUACGGCGGAUCCCCUUUGCUCGCGCGCCGGAUCGCGGAGGAGGCCGUGGAUGCCUUUCUCCACCACACCUCCGCGAUCCCGGCGUCGAUUCGGCAAACGCUCCAACGAUGCCGCACGAAACAACUUCGUCUGCUCAGCGAGGAGGCGCGGAUCGCAAGCGAGGGGCCGGCGAAGUCAGGCGGGGAUUCCUCAUCGAACCCCCCACCGCGGUGUGGUUUCUUCGAAAACGGGCAUCCACCCGCGCGGGAAACGGCGGGGGAUGGGGGAAGCGUGGUGUUAUGGGUGAAGGGGCUUGCGCGGAGUGGGGGGGUGGAGCAUUUAUCGGAUUUGGUGCUCCGUCGCGCGCAUGUGGGGUACACGAGCCCCGCGGAGGCGCUCCGCGCGCUCCCUUUCCUCGCCAGCCUCCUGCGCGCCGAGCUGAAGUGGGGGGCGGAACGGGAAAAGGAGGAGAUCGAGCUUGCCCGCACAUUGAUUGAGAGCGUGGCGGUGAGAACGAGCCCGAAGGAAACGCCUGGGUAG